GCGAAGGAAGCGAGUGUAGGCGAAGGCUAUGCUUCCUGCGAGCGGGUUCGCUUCACCACACAGAUCAGCUCAGGGAGGUUCCCAAGCUUAAGCUGGUGAAGCAUCGCUCUGUAAGAACUACACCUCCCAGCAGGCAGUGCGCCACGAGAAUGCGGGUGUGUUCAACAGGCAGUCGGUGUGAAAAGUGUGCGACGAGGACGUCAUAACAUGGCGGAGGCUGGGGAGGGAGAGGAGGAAUAGCUAAAACUGCCUGGAUAUUAUGCCCCCUCAGUCCUUCAACCCUGCACAAUGCAGUUUUCAGAUGUUCUGGCCUGAGCAUUAUACCUUCCUUGGUCCUUUGACUCUGAUCCCAGAUAUUGUGAGAAAUGAGAUUUAUCUUUCAUUAAAUUAUCAAAAAAAAGAUGGGAGUUCAAGGACUUUGGAAGCUGUUGGAAUGCGCUGGAAGGCCUAUAAAUCCAGAAACACUGGAAGGAAAAAUUCUCGCUGUUGAUAUCAGCAUCUGGUUAAAUCAAGCUGUUAAAGGAGCAAGAGACCGCCAUGGAAAUUCCAUCCACAAUGCUCAUCUCCUCACUCUGUUUCACCGACUUUGCAAGCUGCUCUUUUUUCGGAUCCGCCCUGUCUUUGUUUUUGAUGGUGAAGCACCACUUUUGAAGAGGCAAACUUUGGCUAAGCGAAGACAGCGAAAAGAAGUGGCAGCCACUGACUCCAAGAAAACUACAGAGAAACUUUUGAAGACUUUUCUGAAAAGACAAGCUAUCAAAUCGGCUCUUUCAGGCAAGAGGCAAGAACAUACCCCUCCCUGUCUCUGUGUUUUCACUCCAUAUAUUAAGUUUUUGAUAAUGUGUGUGUGUUUUUUUAGCAAUGCUGAAUUCCCUAGUCUUUCAGAAGUAAGAAGAGAAGAAGUAGAUGAUAUUUAUGUAUUACCUUCUUUACAAGAAGAUAAAAAGAAUAGUUCCGAAGAAGAUGAUGAAAAAGAAUGGGAGGAGCGAAUGACCCAGAAAAAGAUACUGCAAGAAGAAUUGCUUGAAAACCCUCAUUCUGUAGAUGUUGACUCAGAGGAUUUCCUGAGCUUGCCCCCUGAAGUAAAGCAUGAGAUCCUCACUGACAUGAAGGAAUUCACGAAACGAAGGAGAACGUUAUUCGAGGCAAUGCCCGAGGAAUCCAGUGACUUCUCCCAGUAUCAGCUAAAGGGACUGCUUAAAAAAAGCAGCCUAAAUCGGCACAUAGAAAAGGUGCAGAAGGAGAUGAAUGAACAGCACUCGGGCCAAAUCCAGAGCCAAUAUGAAGAUGAGGGGGGCUUUUUGAAAGAAGUGGAAACCAGGAGGGUUGUGUCUGAAGAUACCUCUCACUAUAUCCUGAUAAAAGGUGUCCAGUCCAAAGGAGAUAUCACCAGGGAUCUGGUAACAAAAUCCUCUGGCCAUUCUUCUGUAGUACCUGAAGAUUCAAAGGCUAGUGUUAAUAUCAAAGAGACUCAGGUUAACAGAGAGGCUGAAUCAGCCAGCAGUUCUUUUGCAGCACCUCCUUCCCCCAGAACGGUACUUGCUAUCCAGGCUGCCAUGCUGGGAAGCAGUUCAGAAGAGGAGCUGGAAGAUGAAAGCAAAAAUCAGCUUGAUUUAGAUAAAAGCAUGUCUGGUCCCAGUCCAAAUGCCAGCAACAUGUCCCCAAGAACAUUGAGGGCUAUUCAGAAAGCUUUAUGUGAGGAAGAGGAUGUUACAGCGUUGUUUAGCGACAGUGCUGGUGACAGUCAAGCGGAAAGACCCUCUGUGAAGGAUUUUCUUGCCAGUAGUUCAGAUGAGGACGGUCAAGUACCUGGAGAUCAGGGUGAAAAAAAACUUCAAUUUUUACCUAUCAGGCAGUUGGAAAAUAGAAUCAUGAACCAAGAGCAUGAACUGAAUCAAAGAGAACUCACGUUGGGAAAAGAUCAGAGUGUACCUGAAAGCACAUGCACCCCUUUUGUAGAAAAAAUACCUUCUGAGGCAGAUAAGGAGGAAAGAGGUAUGGAAAUACGGACUUCGCACUCGAGUGCAAGUUCUGUGCAGAAUGACAGUAUAGAUAGUGGCAUGGAGCAGCGAGGAAGGUCUUCAGCACAGAUGUCAUCAGUUGUCCCAUCUCACUCAGACUUUGCAGAGGCAUUCAAAAAUGGCAAACCUGAACCUUUAGUGGAAUUAGUGCACCAACCAGAAAAAAAGGCCUCGGAAGAUAUGCACUGUGCACUCUUGUUUACUUCAGAAAUGGCAAGCCUUAACAAAGAAAGAAUGGAACAUGAAUCACAGUCUGAAGAGAGCGAUUCUGAUGGUAGCUUCAUUGAAGUGGAAAGUGAACCGAGUGGUGAACUUCAGCAUGGACCGUUUGAGAUGUCACGUGCUUCCACUGAACAGGAGGAGGAAGCAGUGUCUGUAGCUGCAGUGGAUGUGAAAGAGGGGGACGAGGGUAACAUGCACAGCCUAACGGAAGAUGCCAGUGAGGAUGCAGACCUGUCUGUCCAGCAGGAUGCUGAAAUUGGAGGCAAGGAGGAUGCAGUUAACGAAUGGCAGGAUAUUAGUAUGGAGGAAUUGGAAGUUUUGGAAACGAACCUUUCUGUUGAGCAAAACACACUUCAGGCACAGAAACAACUGCAGGAGCGUAUUGCUGCCACAGUAACAGGACAGAUGUUCUUAGAAAGUCAGGAACUUCUGCGCCUCUUUGGCAUUCCAUACAUUGAGGCCCCUAUGGAGGCAGAGGCUCAGUGUGCUAUCUUGGACCUCACCGAUCAGACCUCUGGGACAAUCACAGACGACAGUGAUAUUUGGUUAUUCGGAGCACGACAUGCGUAUAAAAACUUCUUCAGUCAGAAAAAGUAUGUGGAAUAUUAUCAGUAUGUGGACUUCCAGAAUCAACUAGGCUUGGAUCGAAACAAGUUAAUUAAUUUAGCCUAUCUACUCGGCAGUGAUUAUACAGACGGCAUCCCUAAUGUUGGCUGUGUAACAGCAAUGGAGAUCUUGAAUGAAUUUCCUGGACGAGGAAUGGAACCACUCUUAAAACUUGUGGAAUGGUGGGCCGAGGCUCAGAAGAAUAGGAAAACACGUCCCAAUCCAUAUGAUACUAAAGUGAAGAAGAAAUUGCGGCAAUUGCAGCUUGCACCUGGUUUCCCAAAUCCUGCAAUAGCAGAAGCCUAUCUGCAUCCUGUGGUGGAUGAGUCAAAUGGAUCCUUUAUUUGGGGAAGGCCUGAUGUAGAGCAGAUCAGAGAAUUUUGCCAGAGUCAUUUUGGUUGGACUAAGUUAAAAACGGAUGAAGUCCUGUUACCUAUCAUCAAACAGCUGAAUGCUCAGCAGACUCAGCUACGUAUCGACUCAUUCUUCAGAUCAGCACAACAAGAGAAGCAAGCCAUAAAGAGUCAAAGGCUCCGCAGGGCUGUGACUUGCAUGAGGAGGAAAGAGAAGGAAGAAGAGGAAAGUGAAGUCCUGGGGUCCACUACCAUCAUUGAGCAAGAAUUUAAGCAGAGUCAAGGGAAGGAUCCUGGUCAAGGUGCACAGCGAGAAGUGGCUGGAGCCCAGAGCCGACGGGGCAAGAGGAAAAAGCAUCCACCCCCCAAAGAGCAGAGUUUUUUGGGGGGAGGCUUCAUAGGGGAGGUUCAGCUCUCAGAAGCAUCCAGUGAGUCGUCGGCUGAAGAGUUGGAGAAUGAGCCCUCCAAAAGGUGCAGGAGAGGGAAAAAUGUGACAGCGCUUGAAACUGACACAGCAAGUCUUGACACCAACCUGAGGGUUAAGCCCACCUGGGACAAAGCAGAGAAUAGCAGCUCCAGUGCCGAAGAAGAAUUGCCUCUGGUGACGGCCAGACCUAUAUUUGAGGGCAAGAAAGCAAGGAGCAAGUCUUCAAGGGGAAGAAGUAGGAAAUAGUGCUAGCUAGCAACAUACAUGGGAUUCUAAAAGAAAUGGUCUUCUGUAUAGCACAAUGAAAUUAGGAAAAGAUUGCUCUCCCUCCCCUCCUCAGCUCUCACCUAUGUUAUCUUAUUUUUGUAUAUAUUAGCAUUGUUUAGAUAAGGGCAUUUUUUUUUAGCAAUUAUGACCUGGAAUUUUUAAACUUCUUUAAAUGUGUAUGAAAUGUCUUCCCCAGAAAACAUCCACUAGAAUAAAUAUGAAUGCCUCCCUUGAAGUUUCUAAAGGUGAUCUGUAAUAUGUGUAUGUUUUUCAUAAUGAAAAUGGCAUCAUUUGUAAUGUUGCCAACCUGUCACUCAGUUUCACACUUCAUGAAAUGUGAUCAGUAGCAUACUAUACAGGGGUUCUGCAUUCUGCCAGAAGAAAAUAUUUUGGGCAGCUUCAGUUCCUCAUACUUUGGUGCUUGCCUGUGUUAAAAAAAACAUUUUAAGUAUGGCAUUCAUUGCAAAACUAUAUCUGAUGGGUAAAGUGGGGGAAUUGAUCAUUCUUCUGGAAGCUACAGAAUAGCUAAUAAUAUCAUGCCAGCAUAACUAAUGUUGGGAUAUAAAUGUAACAAAUAAAUAGAUCAACAAAUUAAAAAUGAGAA